GCUGAGAUUAUUUUUUUCUAUAUUAAUCAGCAAUAAAACUCUCAUACUUAGAAAGUUUUAAGCUUUCUAGUCCUAUUUAUAACCUGUCUCCUUGACAGUAUCAAUCUCAACUUUGACAGAAAAAAAACAAGCUUAGCCAUGAGAACGAAGAGAAAGAAUCAGAAAAAUGGUGGGCGGAAUCAAGGUGAUGGAGGGCAGAAGGUGGAAGAAAAGAAUAACAGUGGGAAUAGAGAGGUUGGGCUAAAAGCUUACAUGGGGAAAAAUGUGGAUCCAGUGAAGGUCUUAGGGAGACUUCAGAAGAAGUAUAGCAGGAAUGUAGAAUUGAUUUCUCCUAAACCAAAAAAACAGAAGAUAAACAGGAAAAUCAUAGAACUCAAGAUGUACAUGCAUUGUGAAGGAUGUGCACACGAUAUCAAGAGAAGCACAGGGAGGAUGGAAGGAAUUAUGUCUGUAGAACCAGACAUGGAAAAAUCAAUAGCGGUUAUAAAGGGGUUGUUUGAUCCGCCAAAUUAGCACAAAAAGAUUAGUAGGAGACUGGGGAAGCAUGUAGAGAUUGUGAACCAAGGAUCCCAAGAGAAAGGGAAAGAGAACAAAAAUUAUCAAAAUAAGAGGAGGAAAUUACAGUUUAUCCCCCUCAAUAUCAUCGUAUCCUUCUGUAGUUUUAAAUGAUAAGAAUGUAUUUUCUUGUUCAAUUAUGUAAUGCAUAUAAUAAUAAUAUUAAUAAAAUUAAAUAUAUAUUUUAUGUUUCUA